GAACCAUGACGACCUCAGGAAAAGAGAAUUUCCGACUGAAGAGCUACAAGAACAAAUCUCUGAAUCCUGACGAAAUGCGUCGCAGGCGAGAGGAGGAGGGUCUUCAGCUGCGUAAGCAAAAGAGAGAGGAGCAGUUAUUUAAACGCCGAAAUGUUGCAACAGCUGAAGAAGAAGCGGAGGAGGAAGUGAUGUCUGAUGGUGGCUUCCAUGAGGCUCAAAUGAACAACAUGGAAAUGACUUCUAGUGCUGUUAUCACCUCUGAUAUGAUCGAGAUGAUUUUCUCUAAUAGUCCAGAACAGCAGCUAUCAGCUACUCAGAAAUUCCGAAAGCUUCUUUCUAAAGAACCAAAUCCUCCAAUAGACGAAGUCAUAAGCACACCAGGCGUGGUGGCAAGAUUUGUGGAGUUCCUCAAACGGAAAGAAAACUGUACAUUACAGGUAUACAAAUAUAAGUAUAUCUAG